GAUACAACCACACCAGUUAGACGUGCCUAAUACUUUAUUCAUGGAGCCCCCUGCCUUCCAUUACCUAGGUACCUACCUAUAUUAUACGCAAGCGUACCCGCUUCGAAGUAUGCCGUUUUACUUUGUGUGCUUAGCUGAGAUUGCUGUCCCUCCCUCAUAGGUUAGGUAGUAGAAAUAACCCCUCUAGAAUACCUACCUACCUUCAAUCGAUAUUUCUGAACUACUUCGAACGCUACUCCAUGGCAUCUUGAAGCUAUGGCGACCAAUAAACCUGGAACAACCAAGUUAAUCUUCCAACAGCCCGGUCAUAGACCAAAUGCACUAUCUUCAGUGCAAGAGGAGUCAGCUGAUGAUGCCACAGCCCUUGAAGAUGUUGACUAUUCCUGGAAUUCAAUUGCGAGGGCCUUCAGGGCACUACUGGCGACGAAAAAGUGUACCGUUGAGGAUAUCGAUGAACAUUUUCGCAAUAAAAUACCUGAGCAACAUCUGCUGGAUGUAGACAAGAGGGGAGGCUGUGCAAUAUCGUUCUUUCAUUUUCUAGCCCAAGUCCCCAAAACUCUCGAGCAGAGAUUCCCCCUUUUUAUAUGGGCAAUGGAAAAGCAUCCCGAACUAUAUCUUAGAGGGGUAGAUGAAAACGAAUCUAUCUUAGAUAGGCUAUCCAGAAAGUGCAAAGCUCACAAAACCGAGGAACCCUUCCGCCUUUUUGUCCGCCACUUUCCCUCACAGGUAUCGAAUAUUCUCAAAAGAACAAGAAAUCAAGGAGAACUGCUUAGCGCUACCCUACCUUUCAUCCGCAACCUAGACGCCCCUGGGUUUCUCGAGUUUUUCUAUGAGACUUCCGAGGCAUCAAAGUCAACAGCUGAUCAGUGUGAUUGCCUAGAUUCAAGUACAGUCGCCGAGAAGAACAUGUUUUCUCAAGCUAGGCUGAAUAUUUUGCAUGAACGGCCCGGAGAUAUCAAUAUCUUGAGUUGGUCCAGAGAGGAUGCCACGUCAACUGAACAACAAGGCUUAGGCAGCAAGCAGCCGAUAGAAGGACCUGGAAUGUAUAAAGAUGGUGAUGGUCGGACACCGCUCCAUAUAGCCUCAACUUAUGUCGAGUGUGAUGAAGCCGAGGAAACGGCCCAGUUCAAUCUCGUGAAGCGGAUGAUUGCUUGGUGUCCUGCUGCACUGGAAUGUACUGAUAAUUUUGGAAGGUCGCCCUACCUUCAUCGUGUCUACGAGUCUGGCAAAGCCAACGAUGGGCCGGUCCAAGAUAAAAUCACAUUCUUGCUCAAGGAUAACAUCAUGCAUUUAGAAGAUCGAGAUAAUGUUCUAGCCCUUCUAUAUGGACGAACAGUAACCACUCAUCCACAUAAUGGGUUAACCCAUAAGGCAUCCGAGCGAGGGAUCCAUUUCGACCUGCGCGAGCUACAAGACUUGGAACCGGCUUCAGAGCCACAGUUCCUGUCAUUUAUUGAAACAUUGAAUUUCGAAGACAUACUGCAAUAUGUUCGAAUUCCGCAGCACCCAUUUCACAUAUCCCAUUCGCCUGGGGAUGACAUGAAACUAAAAGGAUCCGGGCGGAGGGACUUCGUUCCAAUAUUUGAUACAUUGAAAAGAAAAGGGGUCAAAAAGAUCCACAAGCUCGUUGUCGACGAUGACGAUACCUGCCUUCACCAAGACGAUGUUAUUGAGAGAUUAGACGAAUUCGAAAUUGAGGAUUUCGAUUGGGUGAAAAUUGAUUUGUCAAGUACGGUGCUCAAGAAAGCAGUGCCUCAUGCACGAACUCUUCGUCUCUCUAGUAGUGGUAAUCACUCUGUACUUCGAGACUGGUCAAGCACAGAGGGACUUGCUGAGAUGGGCAUGCUGGAGUCUAUAUUUGUGAAGAUUUAUCCAAAAACGGAAUCUGAUGGCAGGAUAGAAGGCUAUGCAAGAGAUUUUAUUGCGAGGAUGGUCAAGAAUUGUCCCCGGAUUAAGUCUAUUGUCAUACGUCUCGAACCACAUAAGUUCAUGGUUCACGAGGAAUGGGUAGACCCCACAGUCCUGGUAACUACAAAUAAAUGGAUCCAUACUAUAGAGUCAUUUACUGGAAUCAUGGCGAAUUUCAUGCCAUCAGAACCAUCGGCUAGUAACGGAAUCCAAGUAGCUGUUCUCGACGACGGAAUUGACUGGCAUUUUGCCCAAGAAAUCGGAUGUAUUAACGACAGGUGUAGGUCGUUCUACGCUGAUAAGAGUUCAUCUGACUUCAUUGGUCAGAAUUCAUGGUUUUCGUCUUCUACUGGACAUGGGACAAUAAUGGCAGCACUCAUCCGAAAGAUCUGUCCCAAUGCCACGUUAUAUAUCGCACGCCUAGACCAGACGCAAUCAGAGCAAGGCGUGUUCCAGCCCACUCAUGAUUCAGCUGCAAAGGCGAUCAGAUGGGCCAUUGAAAAGAGGGUCCAUAUUAUUUCGAUGAGCUGGACCAUCCCAGGAGAGCACCUUGGACUGGAAAAUGCAGUCAAAGAAGCUCGGGCGGAAGGUAUUCUCCUGUUCGGAGCAGCUAGCGACCAAGGCGCAAAUAGUCCUACAAAGCCAUAUAUGGCUAAACUGAGUGACAAAGGAGAGGGAGCGCAUGUCAUCUGCAUCGGUGGUGCUCGUGAGGCUGGAUAUGGCGAUGACAGAGCUAAGUCUGAAGCAGAGUUCUUUUUUCCUGGCCAAGUGAAAGGGCUUGCUGGCUCGUUGCCGUCAACAAGAUAUGAUUUUCGUGCAGCUGCUGGUAGUUCUGUUGCCACCGCCUUGGCAGUCGGGUUUACAGCCCUCAUUAUGCUCCUUGAAGAUACGUGGCCGGUCGAAGGAAACCUUCCCAACGCGAAAUCGACGGAUUUACGAAAAUAUCGACAACAGUUACAAAAUCCGAGAAAUAUUCGAAAAAUAUUCAAUAAUCUGUUGCUAGACACAUCACCGGAUAUGCCAACUGAUCAGCGUAACGCCAUCAUCCCCGUCGAGAAGUACUUCUGGCUCGACAAAUUACGCGACGCGAAGAACGGCGUAAUAUUACAAGAAAGAAACAAAAACUGCACUCAGAUCUUGCAAGACAUUGUGAAAAGACUGUUGCGGCCUCUUACUGACACUGCCGAUGGAAAGCCCGAUAGAGCAGCAGACAGUAGUGAUGAGGAUGAGGGAUAGGGGAAAUUGGGAUUGAGCUACCCAGGGACUGUAGGUAAUUAGGUAGCUUAUCAUCAAAGACUAGGGGUACCUAUCACCAUAUUGUACCUCAAUCCUAUCAAUAAAUUUAUCAAAUGGA